AUGCUAGACAUACAUGCGUUCGGCACAUCGGACGAUAGGCCUCCAGUCUCCAGAAAAUCUCCGAUUUGCAUGCUCCAUGAAGCGCCAGGCCAACGCAAGCUAUGGCCACGCACGCCUCUGGCUCAAACGGCUGCUCUCGGCCCGGCUCAUGGAGGGGGAUUAAUUUCAGUCGCGACAUUUGACAAGCGAAUCGCAACGAGAGUUGCCACGGGCGCAAUUGAUGAUUGCACGGCGGCCAGGAUAGCCUUAUGGGCAGCCAAGAGCGGGCGUCGAUUCGAUCAGCCUGCUCACCCUCCUUCUCUCCCCCUCCAGAGCAUCACUAGCCCCGGCUUCGAGACGGUCUGGAAUAGGUUAUUGCGGAUGUCGCCAUGGAUGGAGGGCGCGCGCAGGAGGGAUUCUGAUCAAUCGGCCACUCCCUCGGUGCUACUGCAUCGGUUCGCCUGCAGUGAUCGCGUCGCCAUCAGAUUAGCCCUCGACGAUGGUCGUCCUCUUGCUUAUUCCGGCAUCUCCUCCUAUCGGGACGCCAAACUGAUUGGCCGCUGGGCCUGCGUCGGGGUGGCUGUGUCGCAUCCUGGCCCUCGUUUCCACCUUGACAGGCUGGGCGCGCCAUCCCAGGGAUUGGCAUUUGUCAACUUGUCGGCUUGUUCCUUCGACUCGACGCCUCGCCUACCAGAUUGGGACGUGAUGAUGGUGGCGUUUUCCGUCCUCGCAGAAUCGGUCUGGGUUGCCUUUUGGAUGGUUCUGGAUUGA